ACGCGGGGCGGGGCGCAGCCGGCGCGGACAGAGGCCGCCCCCCCGCCCGCUCCGCGCCCGCCGUCGGUGCCGGUGAAGGCGGCGGUGGCGGUGCCGCCGGCUCCCGCCGCCCCCCUGGCCCCGGCCCCGCGUCCCUAUGGCCGGGCAGGAGUGGGACUGGUUCCAGCGCGAGGAGCUCAUCGGGCACAUCAGCGACAUCCGAGUGCAGAACCUCCAAGUUGAACGUGAAAAUGUGCAGAAGAGGACUUUUACCAGAUGGAUAAACCUGCAUUUGGGAAAGUGCAAGCCUCCUUUGAAAGUGAAAGACUUGUUCAUUGAUAUACAAGAUGGCAAAAUCUUGAUGGCGCUCCUGGAAGUCCUGUCAGGACAAAAGCUGAUGCAUGAAUACAAAUCUUCAACCCAUCGCAUUUUUCGUUUGAACAACAUAGCAAAAGCACUUAAGUUCUUGGAGGACAGUAAUGUAAAGCUUGUUAGCAUUGAUGCAGCAGAAAUAGCAGAUGGAAAUUCCUCUCUGGUACUUGGACUAAUAUGGAAUAUAAUCUUGUUUUUCCAGAUUAAGGAGCUUACAGGCAACCUCAACAGGAACUCCUCCUCUUCCAGCCUGUCCUCUGGGCCCAGUGGUCCAGAAUCAGAUACAUCCCCCAGCACUCCCAGCGUGGAGAGAAACAUGUCCAUUACAGUGAAGGAUCAGCGGAAAGCCAUCAGGGCCCUUCUAAUCUGGGUUCAGAGGAAAACCAGAAAGUAUGGCGUUGCAGUCCAGGACUUUACAAGUAGUUGGAGGAGUGGCCUUGCUUUCUUAGCCGUCAUAAAAGCCAUAGAUUGUACUUUGGUAGACAUGAAGCAUGCACUGGAGAAAUCAGCCCGAGAAAACCUGGAGGAUGCUUUCAGCAUAGCACAGAAUAAACUGGGCGUCCCUCGGCUCCUCGAACCAGAAGAUAUCAUGGUGGAGUCACCCGAUGAACAGUCAAUUGUGACAUAUGUGGCACAAUUCCUGGAGCACUUCCCAGAGCUGGAAGGGGAAGACUUUACAGAUCCUGACAAGGAGCUUCCAGUUGAGUCCACUUAUGUCCACAUCAAAGACACACCGUCAGAAAAGGAAAGCAAAAUCUUGAUUUUAAGUGAAAGUGAAGAAAACAUGUAUAUUGUUAAUCAUGAGAGGAGUCAUCCGGCUCCUCCAAAGGUCCAUAUUCAUGAUAUCGCUGAGAGAAUCCCAUCAGAAACCACUUCUGAAAAUUGUAAUGGGAAACUGAGUCAAGCAUUAGACGAUUUACAGGGAAUGUCUGAAGAGGAGCCUCAAAGGCCUACCUCACUGAAAAUUACAGGACCUGUCAGUUUUGAAUCCAACUCCUCUUGGGAGGUUCUAAAUGACAAAUUCACGCCAGGUGAAGGGAGCAUCUCUGAUGAUGCACUGAAACAGAAUGAUGACCUUUCUCCAGCUGUUCAGACAGAUCAGAAAAAUUCUGUUGACUCCUUUGAAGAAUACUCUGAAGAAUUAACUAAGGAAACCCCUACUGAAUAUGACAAUGAAACCAAGAGCCUUUCAGCCAAUACUUCUUCUUUGAGUCCAUUAUCCUGGACGUCAGGUAUACUUACAGACGAUUCUAUUAAUAAAGUCGAAGAGAGCAAACCCCAGUCUUCAAUUCUUUUACCAGAAGAUACAUCAAAACAAGAAGAUACGCAGAAGUACGUUCUCCACCUUCUAAAUGAGGAAAUACAGACACUUCCACAAGAUGAACAUACAAAGGAAUCACCUGUCCUUGAGACAGUAGAAACAAACCCUUGUUCACCAAAUGGUUCUAAUCUCGAAAGCCAAGAACUAUCUACACAGCAGGAGACAUCUGAUGACUCUCUCUCAGAUGUACCUAAAACUCCAGAGGACCUGGACAGCUGUGAUGAAGUUGAGUCUGCAGCUGAAGUGCUCCCCACUUCUUCGAAAGUAUCCGUGAUACCCCACGAUCUCUUUUAUUAUCCACAUUAUAAUGUUCCCAUAUCAGCAGUUCUGAACGCUUACCUCGAGCCUUGUAUCGAAGGUUAUGAUACAGGAAGUGAAAAAGCUUCUUCUGAAACAGUGACAGAUGUUUUACAUGACAAGAACUUACCAGAACAGGACCACAAGGAAGAUGCUCCAGAGCCAGACUUGGAGAACAAGCUAGGUACCCCUCCAUCAGAAACAGAUACUGAGAACAGCGAGGAAGAAACUACAAAAACAAGCAGUCACGUGAAUUCUUCUGAUGAAAAAGAAGUGCCAUUACUAGUAGAAGAGAAAGACGUGUCAUUACUAGUAGAAGAGAAAGACGUGUCAUUACUAGUAGAAGAGAAAGACGUGUCAUUACUAGUAGAAGAGAAAGAAGUGCCAUUACUAGUAGAAGAGAAAGACGUGUCAUUACUAGUAGAAGAGAAAGACGUGUCAUUACUAGUAGAAGAGAAAGAAGUACCAUUACUAGUAGAAGAGAAAGAAGUACCAUUACUAGUAGAAGAGAAAGAAGUGCCAUUACUAGUAGAAGAGCAAGAAGUGCCAUUACUAGUAGAAGAGAAAGAAGUACCAUUACUAGUAGAAGAGAAAGAAGUACCAUUACUAGUAGAAGAGAUAGAAGAAGAUGGCAAUAAGGGCACCAACCAUGAAGAUUCCGCUAUUUCACAACAUCCUGAGGCCAUAGCAGAACCUCUAGAGGAUUUACCAAUAGCCAUAAAGACACCAGAAGAAAACAGUAAUAGGGAGGAGGAAGAGGAAAAUAUGAUUGAAGAAGAUUUGCAGAUCUCAGAAGUUGAGACUACUACUCUGUCACAAGAUGACCUGGAAGAAAAUGCUGAAUUCCAGGAAUUUACCAGAGGCAAUGACAGUGAUGCCAACAUUCAUCUCCGAAAAAGAUUUUCUCGUAAUGCUUCUGAGGAGGAAACCUAUGGUGUAAAUGAGGAGAAGAUGACAGAGAUGGGUGAAAAUCCAUUAUUCACUGGGAAGAAAAAGGACUUGGAAGCAAGCGAGACUCCGGCAGCAACUCAUGAGAUAACGAUUUUUGAGCAGCCAGAGCUAUUCUACUUUGUCAUUUUCUUCUGGGUGCUGGUCUACUGCCUUUUACUCCUUCCACAGCUUCUUAGCAACAAAGUUUAAUCUGUGUGAGGUGUGGAAAAUAAAGGGAUGGUGGCUGGAUUGCUUUGUGUAUCUGCAUAUGAAUAUGUUCCUUCAGGUGAAACACAAACAGAAAUCCAGGACCUGGUAUUUGUGUUUAUUAUCAGGUUGUCUUCAAUUCCGCUACUGUUGUGCUAUGACAGUGUCAAAGCACGUUUUAUAUUAUGGUAAUUGUGUAAAUAUAUAUAAAAAUUAUCUGAUUUAGUAGAUGCAAUUUUGUACAUUUGUGCCUUGCUUUAUAAGAUGCUAAAUAAAACCAGAUAAUUAUCAGUAGAAGUAUGAACAAUUCAGAGCUCUAGUCUUCAAAAAUUAUUCUUCUGGCUUCAUUUUCUUAUGUAGGGCCUGACAGCUGUGGAAGAGGGAUAGUGUUGAGUUACCUCUGGAUCUGACCCCCUGCAAGGGCAAGGCUAGAAAUGCUUCUCCACAUUUUCCAUUUGAAAGAGCUGGAGGCAGAGCAGAGCUACAGGAAGUGAACACACACCAAGAAUUAAUUACAGUUCCAGCAGCACAUCCAGUGGAGCAACAAAAUCAGGUUGAGGGUUUUUUGGGAUAGGGAAGUUUGAUUUUUUUUUUAGGAUUUAAAGUAAUUUUUAUCCUGCACCUUUUGGUAUGUUUGAUUUGCAGGAAUAAAUUGGGUAUGGAGAUGUGUAAAGAACGUACAUGCUAGCUGCUUCUUAGGAGACUUUUAUGGGAAAUCUCAGGCCAGAAACUAAAGGUUUUUAAAAGUACCUCAGUCCACUGAGUCUGCUUCAAUUUCUUUGCUGCUUUUAUUUACAGAAGAUUUCUUUCUUUUGCAGAUACAAAAAAUAAUAGGUAACCAGCUUUGCUGAGGCUACUGUUAAGGCACUAGGGUAUGGUAAAAGAACUAGAAAUAUCUUUUAAGUGUCCAAUUCAAUUGAGAAAGAAAUGACAGAUGUAAAACUAAAUACAGAGAAAUCCUGACAACCAGUAUUGACUUCCUAGCGCAACUGAAGAGAUUCCUGUGGCUUAUCCACGGGCACAGUCGAGCUGCUUCUGCCUCUUUUAAGUUUUGUCCACAUCAAUGAUCACUUUAGGAUAUUUGAUGCAGGAUUUUUCCCAGAGAAGGUGUAAUCCAUGCUUUUAGGACAAAAGAGAAGUCUUCAAUUUCAUAGUAAUAAUUUUUCUCCAUGUGACUUUUAGUGAAGUUACUACUCCUCACUGGCACAUUUUUAGUUUCACUGUAUGCUUUAUAAGACUACGACACAUUGCUGCUUCCAGCUGAAAAUUCAGAAGGUUGACUGCAAUGUGCUUCCUAAAAUGAAGGGUGUUAUAAUUUUACACUGAAUGAAAAAUAAAUGACAUGGCUACAAGUUUUACAUAUUUUGUUGUAGCAUAAGGUGUAUCCCUACCCUGGCUAAGUUUUCAGAUGAACUAAUAGCACCUGGGAUCAAGAUACAUCAAAAUAUAUAGUAAUUUAUUUGCAGGUAUUUAAAACUUGUCUGAAGUCAUGUUAUCUGCUGGGGUAAUCCUAACCAUCCAUCACACUUCAUUCUUCUUCAUAAGCUUUUUGUUCUCCUGGGAUUUUUCUCCCAAGCUGCAGUUAGAAUUCAAUAGAAGUAAAGAAUGACAGGAGAUCUUAAACAUUGAAGAUAAAAUUAUGGACAUCUUUCAGCAAAGCUGAAAUCUUUCCUAUUCUGUCCUGGCACUGUUAACUAGAGCUGGAUUAAUCCCAUGAACCUAGAAAUAAAUCAAUUGUUCUUGGUGAUGAAGAGAUCCAACUUAAUUUGGUUUGAAUCAUCUGAAGUAAAAAAAAAACAAGAACAACAUUUCUUUCAUCUUGUUCAUGAAAAUAGUCAAGAUUUUGAGUCAGCUGAUUUUGUGAUCCAUGAACCUGUUUGUGCUUAUUGUGGAAGACAAUAAUAUUCUCUUCUGAAAGAAAACCUAUAUAAGAAUUUUUGAAGGUGCUUUCUGGAAGUAGGCUAAAAUAGAAAGUUGAAGGGUUAGUGCUUUUUCCUCUUCAAGAAUAAAACUUAGUACAAGAAAAGUUUUAUGCUUAUCCUGAAAACCAGGGAAUACCAGGCUGAGGUAUGGCAUCUAUUUAAUAGCAGCAAGCAGCAGUGUACUACACUAGUUCAGAACAAAACUGUUGACACUUUUCAUUAUGUUCCACUCUUCACAGGCUUCCUUGGUUUAUGUUCUUUUUCUGCCCCUUGGUAUCUUUACUCUCAUUCUUCCAUGAUUAUUAAUCUUCAGCAGAGGCUGCUUGGAGUUGGAUUACAGUCUCUUUAUAGGGCUUUACAGCUAUUGAAGUUCAAUCAAGUAUGCUCCCUUCUUCUUUCCUUCCUCCUAAGAAGAUGAAUCAGGAUGAGGAGCUCUUUGGUUGUCUUAGCUAAACAACUGACAUCCAUGGAGAAUGGAAAGGUGAACAGGAACAUGCAGUUGCCAGAAAUGUCAUUACACAUAUUUUAUCCAAGAAGGAGAAACUCCAAGGUUUUCUUUGCUACCUGCCACUGAUAAAUAGUGACUGAUCCAUUGAAAUGAACAGUUUAAAUGUCAAACAGCAUGCUGUAAUUGUAUUAGUCAUUGCAGCCAGUGUUUCAAUUGAUGUACACUUUCCAGUCCAUCCUAUUGAGAGACAGAGAUUGCUUCUUUCAUCCAAAAAAGAAGGAAAAAAAAUAGUAGGCCAUUCCAUGAUGGUUGGUAUUAUAUUGCUUUCAAAUUUGGGGGUUUGUUUUGUUGUGGGUGUUCUAUAACAGAAGCAGUGUACCUUACCUAGCCAUUCCAUGGGUGAGAAGAUCCAGGGAGAAACUCUAAGAGUGAUUACACUGGUGUUGUCAAUUUUGCUUAAAAAACCUACUGAACUCUUGAAGAGUUUUGCCUUUACCUGGAACUGUAAAGACUGAAAUCUGCAUAAGCAGCAGCUUCCUCCAGUUUAACAGAUUUGUGGGCCUGCAUGUCUUCUUCCACAGUGCAAGAUCCAGUUCCUUAAUGCAAGUGCCCUGUUCCGAAAACACUGUUUGGUUUUGGGGUUUGUGGCCUAUUCUGAGCUACUGCCAAAAAGCCCGAUUAUGAAAUAUUUAUUAUGGCAAAGCCUAUUUUAACUUGCUGCCCAGAGGACUGGCUGGUGAUAGUGGAGGAUUUAAACCCUGGUGGGCAAUCCAUUGUCUACCCAUUUUCCAACAGAUAUAUGCACUGUCUGAAUAGUGAAGUUUUUGCAGAACUUUUGCCUGUGUUGAAAAAUGCUAAUCUUGAAGUGACCACAUUUGGUAUAUUGAUUUAGUGGCUUAAUUCAGAUACACAGGGGUACUGAUCUGUUAAGACUCUUUCUAAAACCUGCUGAUUUUGAGCAAAUGUGGGUAGCAGAGCAUUGUGAAAUGUGUCAGGAAGUGCCUUGGGGAUCACUGGAUCAAGGAUGUUUGGUGUCCACAGAAGCAGCACUAGAGUGGCAACUGUACUAGGAUGGUUCAAUGUCUUUGUAGUCAUGUAACUUAACUGCAAAGUGUUUCAUCGUGAUUUUAUAGAAAGUGCAAGGAAAGAUACACCAUUAAAGACAGAACCCCACUAAACAUUUAUGGGGCAGGUGACUUAGAGUUGAGGAAAUGAGUUAAACAGUCAUAUAAUCUACAAACUGACCAGAAUAUAGCUUUUGCUAAAUUGUAGGAAAUUAUCAGUGCAAAGGCAGGGUAAGCACAGACUACAGUAAAAAAUGACAAUCAAUUUUCAAUGCCAUGAAUAUUUUUGAGAGAUUGAGCUCUAAAAUGUAUUUUUAUUGAGUUUCUAGAUUGUAAUGAAUGUGUCUACAGAAUUUUAUGCAAAGCUUGAGAGUUCAGCUGUUUUAAAAUGAUUUUUUUAUAUAGCAGUGAUUAUUUUAUCUAUAUAUUUAAUAGAACUGUAAAACCAUUUUAAGAGUACCUGUAAAAUUCUAUGUAUGUGAUACAAUUAUUUAUUAAUUAUGACUCGUGGGAAUGAACAUUGAGCUAUGCAUUGGUUGUGUCAUCCAUUUGAAAACUGGAAACUGCAAACAGGAGAAGAGCUUUUAAUGAACAGCAGAUCUGAGAAGCAGGGAAAAUGAUUGAAUACAUUUGUGUGAUUCUUAAAGCUGCAUAGCUAUAUGUCAUUUUGUGAUGUUAAACUUUCAGCUGAAGUUGCAAAAUAUACUGAGUGAUUGAGCUACUUUCUUCCAUUAAAACUUCCUGAGGCUGAAACUUCUACAUGUUGAUAUUUGGCGUCUAAACACACUUAAAUCCCGUCCAUUUUCUGGACACUCUCAGUUUACUCCUGUUCAGUAUGACUGUAACUUCUUUAUUCACAUAGUGCUCCACUGAGUUUACAAGGGUACCAUGCCAUACCCAGUGGGGGGUUUUAGGGUUCUCUGCAUUAAUCCUCAGAGAAUCCGGGCUUUAGGAGAUUCAUUUGGCCAGUGUAUGUGGUAUCACAUUCACCCAUCUAACACAAUAAUUAUAAUAGUGCAUUAUCACUUAUGCUAGCUUUAAAUACUUGGGAGUCCCUUCUUGCCAAGCACAAAUGUGAAUGCAUCUAGUGAUGUGUUCAGUUCCUCUACUUCUGUGGAAGUCAGUGCAACACAUCUGUGUGCUAAGCACACACUACAAGAUCCGGCCCUGAGGGCACUUAAAUCAACAUCAGCCACAUAGGCCAGCAAGUUGCUGAAGCCUAUGCAAUGCCCAUGCAAAUCCAAUGUACACCAACCAUACACCACUCACUUCAGUUACCUCCAUUUGGCACAGAGCAUUUGUUUGCCUAAAUUCUGCAUAAUCAACCCUCCAAAGAGAAGAAGGUGACUUCUAUCUACUUCCAUCUUUAAUUAAGAGAACAGCAGCAAGGAACAAAUAACUGGAAAACAAGGGUGAGGUUUCAGGCUGGGGUAUGGCCAUGUAAGUUCCCAAACUGCUACAGUUGAAAGCUCAUACCCUGGCAAUAGGUUACCUGCUAUUUCCAUUGGGCUUAUAGGUAACAGAUCUGAACGGAUCUAAAUGCUUUGUAUUUCUGCACUGUGCAAAUUUUUGUCAGGUAAAUCACUUCCUCUAGGACACUAAUUUAACACUAAUUUACAGCUGCCCCACUUACUAUUGUUCACGUUCCAGGUUUGUACAUAAACAGGACACACAGUAUGGCUUGUCCUCACCCAUAGCAGCCCGAGACCAUGAAGCCAUUUGUGCAGGAGGAUGGGAUACAUGCACAUUAAAUGAUACGGAAAAGUCAUGUUCUCUGUGGAGUAGCUCGCUUGCUCUGUCCAUCACUUCACACAACUCCAGAGCUCACAAAGGGUGAAAAAUUAAUCCUUAUUUUUUCAAGUGCCAUAGUCAUUUCAGGGUUAUCUUAAUUGGGGAACAUCAAAAUAUUUCUUUCCUCCACUAAAUGUAAGACAUGGAAAACCUCUUUUCACCUCAGUGGCACUUUUGACAAUUCCUUUACAAGCAGCUGCUACUGCUGAUACUGGAAAAUGAGACCCAUGUUAUUUUCUCCCCAUAGUGGGAGAAAAUGUCUAAGUUUAUGUUUCUGGAACAUAAAAUUUGCCCCUGAGUGAUUAAUAUUUUUUUUCUUCAUGGAAAGGUUAGAAGGACCAAUAGAAAUGUUUUUACCUUAGUAAGAAAUACUAAAACCUACCAUUCCAAGAAAGGUUAGUUCCUGGUCAUUGCUGCUGUGUUAAGGUCAGGUAAUAGCUUAUUCCCCAAAUAGUUUCAUUACUUUUACUGGACCUUCCUGGAAUCUCUUUGAUUCACAGAAUAGAUGUGCUGUGUCCAAGGACCAGUUUGUACAGGGGGGUCCCUGGACCAUGGCCGUUAUUAAAACAAACAGAAAAUCACUCGUUUAUUUCAAAAUGACCGGUCUGAUGUGAAUCAAGUAACUUUAAUGUAAAUGCUGCUGAGAGAAACAUUGCAGUCACAUUGUAAUGCCAAAUAAGUUACAUAAGUCAAAUAUUUUUACUGUAAUGAAAAAUUCAACUUGUACUUUUGUCUUGAACAAAACAUUUUAGUAGGCAUACCACCUUAUGCUAUUGUAUACUGCUGUGUAAAAAGCUGAAUAAACUGUUUUACCUUUCUUGUUAAAGUUCUCUAGCUUAAAAUGUAAAGUGCUAGAUGGCUAAAGAGUUAAUGAGGGACUUCAUCUUAAAUAAAUAAUUUUUAAGUAAGGAAUGUAAUAGUUAAAAUACAUGUUUCUUUUUGGCAAGUGGUGAGGAAUUAUGUUUUUUUUAAAUGAGAACAAAUGCUGGGAGGAUUUGAGUGGUGUCCAGGUAUACUGAAGGAAAGGCAUUUUCACGUACUUUCAAAUACGCUGCUUCUGAACACUUUCAGUCUGGGCUUGUAUUGGAUGUUUGCACUAGUUGAUCAAAGCUACUUUUUGUGAGAAAGAACUAAAUUCUUCUGUAUAGCUGGUAAACAAAAUGUUUUUAGAAACUGUUAUGCUGUGAUAAGAAUAGUAUUUACUAGUGAAUAAUUCCGAUUUAUAUUACAGAAUCUCCAAUUUUGAAAUAAAUGGACAGGCUUCCUGUAUCUAAUCUGUUA